CGGAGGUCUGCGGCCUGCGAGGGUCCGCCAACCGCCCGCCGUCUUGCCCUGGUCAGCCUCGGGGAUCGACCUCCGGAUACGGGUCCUGAGUGAGAGAAGCGGCUCUUCACUGGAGAUGCGGCAGCACAUCAGCGAGGGCGGGCUGGAUGCCCAAGGAAAUGGGAUUUUUUAGUGUUGGCUGGCGGGUGCUGCUGUCUCAUGGACGCCAUCAGCCUGCUUUGGGCUCGUCUGGGCUGUGAAGCUGUUGUGCAGGUUUGUCAUCUUCCUCUUCUGCCUGAAGAAAAGAAGCAUUCGGUGGUGCAAGUUGAUUGAAUAAAAUGAAGAACAUGGAAUAUAAUAUGGAUGCGGUUGCUUGAGCACCAUUUCUUCCAGAGUGUAUGUUCUGCAAAUUGUUGGCCUGAAUGAUUGAUUGAUGAACACCACACACAAGACUUGCUUCAAGAAAACAUUUUGUCUCUUGCUGUUGUUAGACAAAACCGAUGCAGAGGCACGUCUUCUGAAAUGCAGCUGAAAAAAAUGAGGGAAAUCUUACCAACCUUGUACCCUGGCCCAGUUAAUGAUAAAAAUAAUACAUUAACUACAUCCCCAAAGCAAUCUUCUGAGGAUAAAACAAAUCCAUCGAAAGGGGAUGAUGACCCAAACUGCUGUUACCAAGGGACUGAGGCUGAGAACAACAAGCUGUCACUGAUAAACUGUACAAAAUGCAGAAGUGUUCAGAAAAUUUCAAUGCAAGAUGUAGAAAAGCAUAAGACACCUGGGUGGACUGAAGACAAAAGUUUCAUCUGCAAGAAGUGCAGCCAUAAUACCCCACCAGCUUUCCAUUUUGUUCCUGAGGGUGCCAGUGCUGUAGAGUUUGAAAACCAUGAAAAAAGAUCCCCAAAUAAAACCCAGAGAACGUUUAGAGUUAAAAACUUUCUGCCAGGUAAAUACUACUGUGAUAAAUGUAGAUUUUCAACAAAGGAUCCUUUACAGUAUAAAAAGCAUGUGGGCCAACACGAAGAAAUUAAAUUUAUUUGUUCCCACUGUGGUUACAUAUCCUACACCAAAGGAGAAUUCCAGAGACAUUUGGUGAAACACACGGGGACUUUUCCGUAUCAGUGCCAGUACUGCGAGUAUGGAGCUGUCAGACAUGACUAUAUAGUAAAACACACAAAGAGAGUGCACGAAACCCCCUCCAGACGGCUGGCAGGUGCUGUCGUUAAGCACAAGCAGAAGAAACCAAGACAAAGCACUUUAGCUGAAAAGCAGAAAUAUGAUAAAAUUCCUUUCCAGAAUGAACUUUCAAAUUUGUCAUCAAAGAGGGUUUGUGAAAUUCCAGGUAAAGCAGCUAAAACAGUCUCUUCAUCUCCUGAUGUGGAAUGUAGUGUAAACACAGCAUCAGUCCAGGAUCAAACAGUGUUGGAGGUGUCUGAAACGAGUGUGUGUGAGAAUCAAAGUGUGGAAGUUGAGGUUUAUUCUCCAAAAACAGAGCCUUUACAACCCGGGAUGCCUUUAACAGUAAUUGCACCAUCUGAACUUGUAGUUCCUUCUAAUUGUUUAGCUCAGAUAGUAGAGAUUAAAAUAGUGAAUGGAGCACAACAGCUGGUUCUUAAACUAUUUCCACUGCAGGAAGCAACUUACAAACCUGUGAACAGCACUGAAGAGAAACUUGAGAAUCAAGGUACAGAGCCAUCUGCAGAAGGAAAAAAGACAUCUAAUAUUUCUCAAAAUGAGUUACUAACCAUGGAAGUGAAUGUAGACAGAUUAUCCAGUGUUAGCAACCAGCUUAAUGUGGAUAGUUCAUAUGACAAGAAUUCUGAAUGUUUUUCUGAUUCUCAGCUCUUGGAUUGUAACUCUGUGUCUAUACAGAGAGAAGAUACAUCAAAAUUAUGCUUUCAUUUAGUGAAAGGUAUUGAUGUUCAUUCAGGUGUUAUAGAACUUUGUUCUCCAUCUCUGGUGAUGAAUAACGCUGAAAAAAAGAGUGAUCUUCAAUCCUCAAGUAGGGAAUUAGGUGGAGAAAAUAAUGUGCAUUAUGACUUCUAUUGUUACGAAGGGGGUGUGACUAGAUCUCCAAAGUAUGCUGCUCUUUCUAAAGAGAAAAGUUCCAAGAACAUUUCAGAAGCUGUUCAGGAGGGUGAAAAUUCUUCUUCCUUAGUUCUUAAACAAAAGGAUGCAUUGCCUCUAAAAAGAAAUAACAAAGAAUGUAGGACUCUGCCAGACAGCUCUAGAGAAACACAGUUAUCCAAUAAGGGUUUUGACAGAAAAUCUGUUACGUCGUCUGAAGCAGGAAAAAACUUUCAUGUCACUAAAACUCCACCUUGCAAGGAUGUGACUUUUGGCUGUAGCAAAGUAAAGAGAGGUGAAAGCAUAUGUCAAAAAAACAGUCAUCUUCUGGAAUCAUUAGAGCUACAGAAGAUGCAAAACAAAGGCUACACUUUUGAAGGACCAGUUAUUUCAUCUGUAUUUUCUCUUAGCUCUGGGGCUGACAAUGUUCCAGAGGAUGUCAGAUGGGAUGAUGCAACGCGUAAUAAGAAGUCAGCAACAUUGUUAUGUAGAAAGAUUGCUCAGCUCAUAUCUGCUGCUGAAUACAACAUGAAACCCAUGUCUCUGAGAUGUCAAGCUUCUAGUAAAAAAGUGCUUUCCCCUCAAGAAAAUUCAUCAAGCUGUGAGAGACUUCCCACUGAAGUGGGAGAGUCUGCAUCCUUGCCUCAAGUGCACAGUGGUAUUGAUGUAAUUAGUAGCGAAGACCACAAUAAAGAUGAGUUGCUUACAUUUGCAAGAACAUCUAAAAGCAGAGUAACUAAAAAUUCCCAUGUUGCUACUCCAGUGUUUAUCCCCAAAGGGACAGUACUGAGAGUACUCAAUGUUACUAGCAGUCCAAACUCAAAUGGAAUAGAAAACAGUAGUGAAGCAGCAGCGCCUUCUGUGUAUUGCAAUGAAAUGUUUCUGCCUCGCCCAGUUCCUGUCAGUGUUUCUGAGACACUUAGCAGUAAUUUGCCUUGUUUGCCUGGUCAGAGUGAACCAAAUGCUGAGUCCCGAUGUAUGUCACUCAGGCAAAGACCAAAGCGAGAGGCAAGCAUUAAAAGUAACAGCAAAGACACUGCUGUACCCUAUCAGAAAAGCAGUGAUGUGAGUAAGCAAAGAAAACACUAUUCAAAAAGUCAACAGAGUCCCAAAAAUAAGGGAAAACAAGCAAGCCUCAGGGAACUUCCCAAGAGGAAAACAAGAACUCAGUCAGAAACCAGCUCAAGUUCUGACAUGUCGUAUCUGUUGACAGCAAGACGUCUUCGGCUUGUCCCUCUGAGAAUGAAUCAGUUGAUAAAAUGCCCUCGUCGUAACCAGCCGGUUGUGGUCCUAAACCAUCCUGAUGUUGACUCCCCAGAGAUAAUUAAUGUCAUGAAGACUAUAAACAAGUAUAAAGGUCAAGUCCUGAAAGUAGUUCUGUCAGAAAGGACAAGUAGUUGUCUUGGUGUCAAACGUUACCGAAAGCGUCUUACUCUUCAGAAUGGUGAGGCAGGAAACCAAGCGAAAAAACAGAGUAUGCUGAAAAUGAAACUCAAAAAGACUCAUAAAAACAACUACCAGGUGGUGGAAACUUCACCAGCUGAAACACAGCAGUGUCUGUUUAAGUGCUGGUUUUGUGGAAGAGUAUAUAUGGACCAAGAAGAAUGGAUAAGUCAUGGACAGAGGCACUUGAUAGAGGCAACCAAGGGCUGGGACGUUCUUUCUCUUCCAGCAAAAAAGCAUUAAGAGACUUAAUGAGUGCCACUAACUUGCUUGGAAAGCAAGAUUGAGAUAACUACUCUUGUUUUGGCAAAAAGUCUCUACAGUUAGCAAAGUGGAAGAAGAAAGCAGAAUUGUAGAGACAGAGCAAAGCCGAUGGUGAGGAUUACGCACUACUUUGCACUCGUAUUUGAAAUUUGUGUCGGAGGCCAACUUCACCUGUUCCGUAGGAGAAACUGGAAAAGAGAUUUGCUAUGCAAACAUCCUUCUCGUUACUUUUCUCUGUGCUAGGAUACUGUGCUUCAAUUGGUUUGUGCUAGGUCUGUAUGGAUUGGUAUCUUAGACAAUGAGAUCUUUGUAAAGGGCUUAGUUUGCUUUAUUACAGCAUGGUGUUGCAGAGAUUAAGCAUACGUGUACUGAAAAACACUUCUGAUCCCCUCUGGGCAGCAACUGUCUAUCAUGGGCUUUAGGGGCAAAUUGUCACCAUGCAUAACAAGUUAAACUUAGAUGCAAACACACCAUUUCAGUGAAACAAAAACAUUGCUGCUGACUUUAGAAGAGAUACAAGGGUGCAAGUGAAGAAUCUGGGGGAUCAGAGGUACUCCCACUAGCUCAGCACUAAAACGUUCAAUUUUGUUUAGUACUUAGUCUUUAUCUAGCCUGUAUCGUGUUGAUGUGGGAUUGCAGAACACUGCCAGCUUUCCUCACUGUCUUUGUUCUGAACAGGCGGGGCUGGAGAUACUGUCAGGCUUGGGCUGAUAGGAAAGAGAAGUAACAGUGAAACAUAACCCCCCUACCAGCAUGUGUGUAGCCUGAUAGAAACACAUCUGCAGAACUGAGCAGCUGGUUAGAACUCUAGUUAAUGCUUAUUUACAGGGCAAACUUCAUGAAGAUGAAGUUUUUAAAAUGGAAAACUAUGUUGCACAACUCUGACAGUAUUGAACCACAUUUUUCAGUGCAAUCUUUCAUCCUUAAGAAUUUAGAUGUUGUUAGAAUAUUUCUUUUGUUUUUUGUAGGCCUCAAUUCAUACAAGCAUGUGCCUAGUUCAAUGUGUAUGUCUAAUAUGUGUCUGCUGACUUCAGUCUGGUGUAAAUGCUGCUCAGUUGCUUAAACACUUUCCUAAACCAGGGAUUUGGGAACAUCCCUGGAAAAUUUUUAGUUCCAGUGAAGGAGAGGGAUGGAUGUUACUGAGGCCUAAUGUUUCUGUAGACAAACAAUCUGUUCUACUUCAUCUUGUCAAUUUUAAAUCAUUUGAAACUCGUGUAGAGUUAAUUAUAUUGAAGCACAUAUUUGCAAUUAAAACAACUUCUUACACUUUGUACAAGUAAGAAAAUCAAUGCUGACUCUAAUGCUGGAUGUGUGUUCUAUGUCUGAACUGGGUCUACUCUUGAAAAACUGGUAGUCUCUAACUCUUCACUCUCGGUGCAUUUUUGUAAACAGUUUAAG